AUGCCCCCUCUCCAGACUGAUCCACCUUAUGAUGAUCUAUUGCAUCGGGCUGAUCCCGCAUCAAUACCUCUACCCCCUUCCCCUGCUGCAUCACCUUCAGCGACCAUCUUUCCAACGGAAGCGGACCCAACCGUGGGGCCAGGUGAGUUGGGUGGCUCGGCCCGGUCCAGUCCCAAGUUAAGAAUGGCCGAUUCCCCUCGGCCUGAAUCUAUGCGCCCAACCACGGCUUUCGCCAUGUCCGCUCCUCUUCCUCCUCCGGAGGUCGAAGAUGCGCCCCAGGUUUCAUUCGAGGAUUUUGCCACGCGCUAUCGCCAAAGCCAGCGCAAACGGGUCCAAAGGAAGCGUCUGGAACAGCGCCUACGCGCGACCAAGGUAUCCAUCGGAAUCUCUGCGCGUAUGAUCCGCGUUGGGAACACGGUCCAGCGCGGUCUAGUCGAAGCUCUCAAACAUGAUGACAAGGCCAGUUUCGUUGCCCUCUAUCAUACGCUUUUUGACCUUCAGGAAUCCUGUGUUUCCAGCGCUCGCCACGAUGAGCAUCAGGACCUAUCGGACGAACGCGAGCCAUUCGCAGAAUCCGAAUUGGACCGUUCAUCUGAUUUCUUCCACCAACUCAGCCCUCAAUCCCGGACGGACUUAUUGGAAAUUUUGCGAAUGGUUCGUUCUGAUCCGCAGUUCUUGGUUGACCGACUUCGCAGCUUUACAUCUGCUCAACUGGCCACAUUCACCUCCCCGGCCACCAUAUUGGAAUCCGGAGACCCUGCUUUUGCUUCCUCUUCAUCCCGGCUCCGCGGCCAGUAUGCUUAUAAUCGAAACCCGGCCCAAUUUUCUUCCUUCAAGAAUCAUGCGUAUACCUUUGAAAGGACCGAUCCAUUGACAAUCUUGCUUUGUAACGUGUUUGCCUCACCACUGGAUCCCGAAUCUCCCGAGGCGAGGUUACGUCUGGAUACAUGGUCGACCGUCUGCGCCCAACUAAUUUCCCACGGCAGCAGUAAAUUUUAUCCUCUUAUUGGCCAGAUUCUUUCCUCCUGGGCUACGGGCUGCAAUUGGAAAGCCCGCCCCAAAUUUGAGCUCUACCUGAUGGAUAUCCUACAAACUGGAGCGUUUCUCUUGGAACAUAUAGAUAGCCCUGCCGGAUUGGAUUUCGCCCCUGAAGCCUUGGAUCCCUUACGGACGGACGUUGCUGAGGAGUUCUUUGCUUCUGCCGUGGAUAACCUUUUCCGUGUCCUCGACGAUCCCGAUGGUGGAUUCCCUCGUGCAGUCUUGCAAUUUGCCAAGGCUGUUCUUCGGAAAAUGGAAUCUCCUGACAGUCGCAGUCGUUUUCUCGAAUAUCUUUUCGUACAGUGGUUCUUCCCCAAGUUCCUCUAUAGCGCUUUGACGUAUCCUGAGACACACGGUUUGUUGCUAGAUUUUCAUAUCCGGAAAGAUGCUCGUGAGAAGCUGCUUGGUCAGGUUGGGCUACGCGCCUACUCUCAAGUUUUUGCUGUCCUGCGAUCCAUGCAUCACUUUUCGAAUCUUCGUCCGUCAGUCAAAAUGCAUGUUGACAAUAUGCUUUCCCGAUUCCAGAGUACUGUCCCUUUCGAGCCUACAAAUGAGCCAUCCGCACAAGUCGAUCAUACAAUCCGCCGUGACUCUACGUCAAACUUUCUUCUACUGUCGUCGACGGAUAUUCUCACCUUAUUAGACGCUCUUUUCCCGCAGAUCUGUACUCCGGUGCAUUCAUCGCCGGCUUCCGCUGGCGUGCCAUCCUGGUCAUCUGGUCUUUCUCCGUCGUACAACUUGCGUCCUGAGCCGCCUAUGGAACCUGGUUUCUUCCGACCGAACCCUGAAUUGAGUCCUCGGCCGACAUCACAAAGUGGCUCCAUCUUCUCCGUGGCCUCUUCGCACGUCUCCAGUCUUGAAGGGGUCGUUCAAACCGCUGCGAGGAUUCGCUUCGAGCUGAGCGAUCUAGAUGAACCAAGUGAACGAGCCAGACUAGAGCACCCUUCUGAGGAGCACUGGACAGUAUUCUCUGUUGCGAAUGACGGUCAAGGUCUCACGUGUAGUCUACUCGCACACCAGACUAAUGAACCUUCAAAAGCCUCUACUAUGGAUAGCGAAGAUGACACACAUUCCACCGGUCUGGGCCUGGAGGAGAACCACGAGGCACUACAAACCGCGAUCAUUCGUCUUGUCAAAGAGAGCCAUGUCUAUGAUUCGGACGACUUUGAUCGCCAACCCAGAAGUCUGCAGCUGACCCCCAUGUCACUGAAACAACAAUUCAACCAGGCCAUGGCUUCCUCUCAGAACGAUUCCGACUUUGUGGGUGCGCACUACUGGUGGAAUGCCUCCCGACAGCUACGACAAGGAACACACUCAGCCGCCUCCCCCGGCGAUACAUGGAUCCUAGGUCCCAUGCACAGAUCCUGCACUCGUUCACUGGAACACUCGACGGCUGUCAUUGAGCGAUGCGAAAGUGACUUUGUCUCUUUGGAUCAAAGCCUCCGCCGGCUCCAGACGCAGGUCAAGGCGCUCAUGGCCACUGUAUCCAAGGUUCGCACCAAGAUGUGGUACAUGACCGACGUGAAGAAUUCCAUGAGGUACGAGGAAGCCCGACAUGUGACCAUGGCUCUCACAAUGAUUGCCUCUGCCCGGCUCUACAAUACCGAGAUGCCCGACGAAUCACGGUCUCGAUCCGGAGCUCGCUCACUAGGGGCUUCCCUGUUCCAAAAGCCCGAGCUACAGGUCAUGAACAUGAUGAAAGCACCUAGCAGCCAGGGUGGCCCUAGGAAAAUGUCCGAUGAGCAGGUAGAAUUGACUCGCAAGUGGCUGGACCACAGCGGGAUCGAGAACUUCUGCAAGGGCGAGGAGCGAAUUCAUCGGUUUUGCUAUGAAGUGCGAACCAGCAUUAACCGGCUAGUGGGGGAAACGAUGGCAGAAACCCCGGUGCUCUGGGCAAGUGAAUUGUUUCAGAUGGAGCGCUCGAGGUACGAGGGUUAUGGCUCUCGAGCUUUCCCGGGUCUAUCAAUGCCUACGACCCCUCGACCUUCUACGAAUGCGAGCGAGGAUCCCUUGCACGCUUCUCAACUUCAUGGUGCUAGUCUCCCCGUACCUGAUCCGCUUUCUCGUCUUCCUCAGGAUUUGGGGUCUUCUUUGGGAAGCAAGCCGUCUAUCCAGAGUCUAAUUUCAGACAAAUACCGGGCCACCCGUGAUCUACCCUCUAUCGAUGUUUCUUCCAUCGGUGGAUCGCCCGGUCGCGCUGCUUCGACGUCAACCAGUGAUACCUAUAGCACUUUCUGGUCCGCGUCGCAACGCCAUCCGAUGUAUGCUGGUAGUGUCUCUACUGCCUACUCGCGGCCUCCAUCCAUGUUCAGCGAAGGUGCUACGCGUCAACCUCGUCGUACUGAACGUAAAACGCAUGCAAAGACCGUUUUCAUGGAUGAGCUGAGGCAGACGCUUACUAGCUUGCUCUUGAGCGACUUGGGGUCUCCCGUGUGGAGUUGUGGUAGUGAAACAGACGCCUGGUUCUCGAGCUACCUUGAUCAACCCCGCAUUCAAAUCCAGAUGCAGCGGCAUGCUGCAGUCCGGAGGUUCUACUCCGACUAUGAGGAGCGAUCAAAGCAUCUUCGUGAGGAGCGUCGGUCAUCAGGGGGUCGACGGAGCAGGUCUCUCGACAACCGUAGUGGACGCUCUCGAAAGGACUCGCAGACGGAUACAUCGAAUCUAAUGCAAGAAACGUGCGACGACGAUGACUCGUCUGCCUUCUCAUACAAGGCAGUUUUCCACCGACUGCUUGAAGUCUUCUCUCGCCAUGGGAACCCGUUCGUCAAGCUCAACGCUUUGAGAGACUUGAGAUCAUUGGUAAUUGCGUCGCUGAUGUCUUCGAAUGAUAGCAAUGCAUCGGGACUCACUGCUAGCUCAAUGUCUGAAGGUGAACGAGAGCGCCCCAAUGGUUCUCGAUCACGGGCUACUCGACAAAGCUUCUCCGCGGCUCAUGCACCCACGAUGCCUCAGACAGGUGCUGCUUUCCCCUCAAUGACUCCACCCGAGUCAGUCACCUGUGGCUCAAGACGCUCCGACUACUCAACACCAUCGGAAGACCAGAUCGUGGCUACCCUGCGAGAUCUGAUCCUAGAAUUCAAGCCCAAGACGCUCUUCCGGGACCUGCAGUUCAUCUCCGCGUUUGUGCCUGGCGAGCAACUCAACAAAUCCGAUCGUGGAACUGCCUUCCUCCAAUUCGGACUUGCAGCCCUAAGUCUCAAGGAUGAAGUAUGCCACAGCAUGGUCGAGAUCGCAGACCGCAUCGUCUCCCAAGAGCUUCUGCGCCGACAUCCAGGGGCGGACUUUUACCCGCGAACCGGCCAUGCCAUUGAAGAUGCAGCAGCGAUGUGGAUCAUCACUGCCAAAGAGGGCAAUCCAGUUGCGCAGCGCGAGCUGGCCAUUCUCUAUCUCACCCAUCCCGAACGUCUUCAGCGCGUUACACUCCCACUCACUCGGCCUCGCGAUACUUUCAAGGCUGAGAUGAUGUACCGCCGUGGCAAGGACUCCAAGUCUGAUCCGCAGAGUAUGUGCUUGGCACUACACUGGAUGCAGCUGUCAGCCAACGGAGGCGACAUGCUUGCACGUAAUCGUCUCCGUGAGCGUGAGGAAUUUGAUUCCAUCGCUUGA